UUCACCCCGCACCCCUUUUCUUCACCAUGGCACAAAUUAGCACCGGGACUUCGGAGCUACGAGACAUCACAAAGAUGGAGCGCAUAGGUGCCCAUUCUCAUAUCCGCGGUUUAGGCUUGGAUGACCGGCUCGAACCACGCGCAAAUUCGCAAGGAAUGGUCGGACAGGCAAAAGCGCGCAAGGCGGCCGGGAUGAUUCUGAAGAUGGUGCAGGAGGGUAGGAUUGCGGGACGAGCAAUGUUAUUCGCUGGGCCGCCUUCUACGGGAAAGACUGCUAUAGCUCUAGGCAUGGCCCAGACGCUCGGGAACGACGUGCCCUUCACGAUGAUCGCUGCCUCCGAGGUGUUUUCUUUGUCCAUGUCGAAAACAGAAGCCCUGACACAGGCGUUCCGGCGGAGUAUUGGCGUCAGGAUCAAGGAGGAGACCGAAAUAAUCGAGGGAGAAGUCGUUGAGGUACAGAUUGACCGAAGCCUCACAGGCGCGACAAAAACAGGAAAGCUGACUAUCAAAACGACAGACAUGGAGACAAUAUACGACUUGGGUACAAAGAUGAUCGACGCUCUCACCAAAGAAAAGGUCCUGGCUGGAGAUGUCAUUUCUAUAGACAAGGCGUCUGGGAAGGUGUCAAAACUCGGGCGCUCGUUUACGCGGUCAAGAGACUACGACGCCAUGGGCGCAGACACAAAAUUCGUCCAAUGCCCAGAGGGCGAGAUUCAAAAGCGCAAAGAAGUUGUACACACUGUCUCAUUGCACGAGAUAGACGUGAUCAAUAGCCGCACACAGGGCUUCCUUGCCCUCUUCGCUGGCGAUACAGGCGAAAUAAAACCCGAACUGCGUAACCAGAUCAACACCAAGGUGGCGGAGUGGCGAGAAGAAGGCAAGGCCGAAAUCAUCCCCGGCGUCUUAUUUAUCGACGAGGUUCAUAUGCUGGAUAUCGAGUGUUUCUCUUUCCUGAACAGAGCGCUUGAAAAUGACUUGUCACCGCUUGUGAUUAUGGCGUCAAAUCGUGGCAUGGCACGGAUUCGUGGAACGAAAUUCCGAAGCCCUCACGGACUGCCCGUUGACCUUUUGGACCGUGUGCUCAUCGUCAGCACAAAAGCGUACGAGGAGGACGAUGUCAAACAGAUCAUCGAGAUUCGGUGUCAAGAGGAGGACGUUAUCCUUACCUCGGAGGCGAUGGCUGUUCUAACGUCUAUGGCUCUUCAGACGACCCUUCGCUACGCACUCAAUCUCAUCUCUUGUGCACAGACUCUGGCAAGGAAGCGGAAGUCGGACAAAGUCGACGUUGAGGACCUACGAAGAGCGUACACAUAUUUUAUGGACGAGAAGCGGAGCGUUCAGUGGUUGAAGGAACAGCAAGGCUUCCUCGUUUUCGAGGAGGUUGGCGAUAGCGUCAAUGAAAUUAUGGAUAUGGGUGCCUAAUUUCUUGUAAUACUUGUACUUUUCUUUUCUUGAGCAUCUUCCAGCGCUCCAUCGGUUGCGUCCAUCUAAGGGAUAUGGCUCAUGGAGACUGUAAAACGCUGUGCCAUGACGAGAUGAUCUUAAACAGAUCAAGGAGAGCUGAUUGUCCUCGAACGUAAACUCCCGAAAAAGCGGCAAGCCAUGGUGUCUAAACCCGUUUUGACAAGCGGCCGUGACGUAACGGAAACUUCGUACCGAGGACAGUACUGGUGCAACGAGUGCCCUUAGGCUAUCCUUCUCGCCACUGGUGGGUACAAGCAGAGCAGCUGUAUGUUAACGUAGUCAUGGGCUCGUCAGCGGAUCUAAUUUGCAGCUGAUAGAAAUAUGCUUGUCCAUUGUCGCACUUCGGACAGGUCGCUGAAGUAGAGUCGGCGUCUUUCCAGGUAUCAGCACCUCCGAGAACAUCGUCAAUUUCCUUGCGCUUUAGUCGUGUGCGUGAUGUCAUCUGUUUUGCGAUAGGGAACUCGUAGGCGCAGGUAUUACACGCCCAUUUAUUGUACCCUGUCUCAGAUGAGAUGACAAGAAUAUUGGCGCAGGUUGGGCAGAAGAGCAUCGCGCGACGUGACGAUCGUAAGUGG